AUGGACUUGCAAGCCUCUUACAUUGUAGUCGGAGGUGGAAUUGCCGGCAUCUCCUGUGUCGAGACCCUCAACACCUUGACCCAAGAGUCGAUUCUACUCAUUUCAGGGUCCGACGUAGUCAGGGUUACGACAAAUAUCAACCAACUCACCCAGGCGCUCGUCCAGUUUGACGUAGAAGAGAAAACAGCCUCUGAGCUAGAGAAAAGUUGUCCUGGCCUCAAGGUGGUCACUGGUGUCACCUUAGUUUCUCUCGAUCCUGAAUUGAAGCAACUGAAAUUGAGUGAUGGAAGAGUUGCUUGUUAUGAGAGAAGUGUUUGUCUCUGUCUCGGAGCUUCCCCGAAGAAACUGUGUGGAUCUGAAAACGCUGCAGACCUUGUUCUAACCCUCAGAGACAUGGAAUCAGUAGCUUCGCUCAUGGAAAAGUUGAAGAGUGCCAAGAAAGUUGCUGUUGUUGGAAAUGGAGGCAUUGCUACUGAGCUGGUUUACACCCUAAAGGGUGUACAGGAUAUUGUUUGGAUUGUGAGAGACAAGCACAUCUCGGCCGCCUUUGUCGAUCCAGGAGCAGCCCAGUUUUUUAUGAGCUCCGGAGCCUUGACUGAGGCAGGCCAAAAGAAACCUGAGACCAUCAUCAAGCGCCUCACCUACAAAUCCUUCAAGGGUGAAAAGAAAGAAUGUCAAGGUGCUGCACUGGGCCCUGAUUGGCAUUCGAAAUUCAACAUCCAAGGGCCUGCGGGUGAUCAAAUGCCAAAUAUCAAGGUUGAAUACGAGACAGAGGUGAAGAAAAUUUUGAGAAGAGGAGACAGCGAUUUUCCCAAGAAGCACAAUGAGUGGCCUAUGGUGCUGGAACUUGUCAAUGGAAAUUUUAUUGGAUGUGAUUUAGUCGUCAAUGCGAUUGGUGUAGUUCCCAAUUGUAAACCCUUUGAAGGAAUCUUAGAAUUGGCUGAUGCACAGCUUGGUACUGGAAUCAAAAUUGACAAGGGCAUGAGGACAUCUGCUCCAGGUGUUUUUGCUGCGGGUGACAUUGUGUUUGCUGACUGGCCUAAAGAAAAGCACUGGUUCCAAAUGAGGCUCUGGACACAAGCUAGACAAAUGGGCUCGCAAGCUGCUAGGUCAAUGGCAACCCCAUCUAGUGCAGCAAUGUUUGAUUUCAGCUUUGAACUCUUUGCCCACGUUACAACAUUCUUUGGCUUCAAAGUUGUGCUUCUUGGACUGUACAAUGGACAAGGUAUGGACCCAAGCACUUGGGAGGCUUUGGUUCGAGUUACACCUGGGAAAGAAUUCAUCAAGCUUAUUAUUUCGAACGGAAAAGUUCACGGAGCAGUGUUGAUUGGCAAUACAGAGCUUGAGGAAACUUGUGAAAAUUUGAUCCUGAACCAACUUGAUGUAAGUGCGCUAGGAGAUGAUCUGCUCAACCCAGACGUAGACAUCGAAGACUACUUUGAUUGAUGUAAAAGGUUUGCAAGGCAAAGUAAUUUUUCACUAUAAUCUGGUUUAAUAAAAAUAAAAAAGAUAUACAUUACAA